CACGCCUUCUCCCUCUCCCCCCACUCCCCAAUUCAUUUCAAAGCUUCACUUUCUUGUUCAUCAAGCUCUGUUUUUUUAUUUUUAAAAAAAAAACAUUUUUAGAUCAAAACAAGAGAGAAAAAAAUAAUUCUGGUCGAGCCCUCUGAUGAGGGAAAGAGCAUCAAGAAAGCAUCGGGUUAAAAGGAGCAGUGAGAAUGGAGAGUUCGUAUUCUGCGCCGCCGCAUGCGGCUGACGCGUCCCGGCCGUCAUUGGGCUUCCCUCUCGGCACCGCCCUUCUCCUGAUCGUCAUCUUCUCCUUGAGCGGCGUCUUCUCCUGCUGCUACCACUGGGACAAGCUUCGAUCCCUCCGCCGCCGAUCUUUCCCCGACGACGGGCCCCACAAACCCACUUCAGAUUCACAACCUGAUUUAAAACAAAACCGGAGCCAGACUUUGCCGGUGGUAAUGCCGGGAGAUGAAGUUCCGAAGUUCCUAGCUUUGCCUUGUCCGAGGCAGCUGCCGCUGCCGGAGAAGAUUGUGGUGGAGGUGCAGAAGCCGCCGCCGCCGCCGCCGUAUAAGCCACCUCUCCGGGGAGUCGAAUCAGUGCCUUUCUAUUAGAUGGAAAUUAUGAAGAUCGUUGAAGAUUUGGGGAAAGAUUAGUGGGAAAGGCAGGUGGUUGGUUGGUGGAUUGCUCUGUUUUUAGCUUUCCCCUGUUUGGUUUUUCUCUGUUUAAUGGCCUAGGCUUGAAGUCUUUAUGUAGAUACCAAUUUUAAUUUUUCCUUGUUUUAUUUUUUUUAAUGAAAGAAUUUUGAUAUGACUUGUUUGGGAAUAACGUUUUAAAUUAAGAGCAUUUAUAAUG